UCUUCAUCUCCUCCCACCGCUCAAGCUCCAAAUCCAUUUAGCCAUCAUCAGUCAAUUCCCUGCGAAUCAAGAAUCAAGAACGACGUCAUGAAUCCCAAGAAGAAGAAGAAGAAAGAGGAGGAGGAGGGCACGAGGAGGAGGUUAUCUGCCGGUACGGUCGGAGCUUGCACAAACCCACUUCGUUCUUCUUCCUCUUCAUCGCCCAGAGCCAUGACACUCGGGCAGAGAACCCACCGCCGUCCGCUCCGUCGACGUCGAGAGCUUUAAAGACUGAGGAAUGCUUGGUGCUGUAUGUGAGAGGGAUUUCAAUGGGGGUGGGGGAAGAAGAGUUUGAACAUGAGCCAUAUGUGGGGUUGGAGUUUGAUACUGCGGACGAUGCUCAUAUUUUCUAUGGCAAUUAUGCAUCACGAGUGGGUUUUAGAAUACGAUCUGGUCAAUUGUAUCGAUCGCGAGUGGAUGGAUCGGUUUGUAACAGGAGAUUUGUGUGCUGGAAAGAAGGGUUUCAAAUUAAUUCAAGGACAGGAUGCCCUGCAUUCAUAAGGGUGAAAAAGUCUGAUUCUGGCAAGUGGGUCCUUGACCAAUUUGUGAAAGAUCAUAGUCAUGAUCUCGACACUUGUGAGGAGAAUCAUCUUGCCAAUUCCUGGGGCAAAAGUUCAGCAACAACUGCUCAAGUAGUUGAUUUGUGCCGUAAGCCACAGAUAAAACAGCUUGAUGUUGUUGAUAAUGGAUGCUCAUCUUCUUCAAGUAUUGUCAGUGCCAAGUGCAUUAAACCGGGGGCAAAUGAAGGACUAGUGAAACUUGAGCCCUAUGUGGGUCUAAAGUUUGAUUCAGCUAACGAAGCAUACCAGUAUUAUGAUACAUAUGCUGGGAAUGUGGGAUUUAGAGUUCGUAUUGGUCAGUUGUUUCGAUCAAAGAAUGAUGGUUCAAUUACUUCUCGGAGAUUUGUAUGCUCGAAAGAAGGAUUUCAGCAUCCUUCUAGGGUUGGGUGUGGUGCAUUUAUGAGGAUUAAGAGGCAUGAUAAUGGAAGGUGGAUUGUUGAUCGUUAUCAAUUAGAGCAUAACCAUGAGCUUGAGAUGCAAAUGAAAGCCAACAGAGGUUCGGCUUCUAGGAAACUUUUAGAUGAGAUUAAUGAAACAUCGGAAAAACUAGACAUUGCUAAAAAGCACAAUGGGAGCCUCGUAAAGAAACAUCGUGUGAACAACAUAGGAAGUGAUUGGUAUACCGUGCUUCAUAAUUACUUUCAGAACCGACAGGCUGAGGACAUCAGAUUCUUUUAUGCUGUCGAUGUACAGAUGGGUUGCUGUAGAAGUCUUUUCUGGGCUGAUGGCAGAUCUAGGUUUUCCUGCAGUCGGUUCGGUUAUGCCAUCAUUUUUUAUACCUCCUAUAAGCAAAACAAUUAUGUGGUGCCAUUUGCUACUUUUGUUGGUGUUAAUCACCACAAGCAGCCGGUUCUUCUUGGAUGUGCUCUAGUUGCUAAUGAAUCGAAGGAGUCCUUCAUAUGGUUAUUUGAGACAUGGCUCAGGGCAAUGUCUGGGUGCCAUCCCAAUUCAAUAAUAGCUGAUCAUGAUGAUUCCAUUCUGCAAGCGAUUGCACAAGUUUUUCCUUCGAGUCAUCAUCGAUUCUCAAUGUGGCAAAUUAAGACAAAAGAAUGUGAGCAUUUGAGUCCACUGGGUAGUGAUUGUAAAUAUGAAUAUGAGAAAUGUGUUUAUCAAAGUCAUACAGUUGGCGAAUUUGAUGCUGCAUGGGAUGCUCUUCUCAGCAAAUAUAGCCUGAGGGAAAAUGCUUGGCUGAAGGAAAUGUAUGAAAAGCGUGAAAACUGGGUUCCACUGUACUUACGUGGAACACUUUUUGCUGGAAUUCCCAUUGAUGGUCUAGAUGCCUUUUUUGAUCCAUGUUUAAAUUCUCAAACAUCACUUGAAGAAUUUGUCCUCAGAUAUGAGCAAGGUUUGGAGCAACGUUGUGGCAAUGAAAGGAAAGAAGAUUAUAAUUCAUUCAACUUGCAAGCAUAUUUGCAGACAAAUGAACCAAUGGAAGAGCAAUGUAGGAGGCUUUAUACCCUUUCUGUUUUCAAAGUUUUCCAGAGGGAACUUUUACAAAGCUACAGUUAUCUGGGUGCCAAGAUUCAUGAACAAGGGGCCAUCUGCAGAUAUUUGAUCUAUAAGUGUGGCAAUGAGAAUGAGAAACAUAUUGUUACCUUUUGUUCAUCCAAUCUCGAUGUGAGUUGUGGCUGUCAAAUGUUUGAAUCAGAGGGUGUAUUGUGUAGACAUGCUUUGAGAUUGUUCCAGAUUCUAGAUAUUAGGGAGCUUCCAUCUUGCUACAUCUUACAUAGGUGGACGAGGAGUGCUGAGUAUGGCACUGUACGUGAUUUUGAAUCAGGAGGUAGCUCCCAUGAAAUUAAGGCUAAGAUGGUCUGGAGUCUUCGUGAAAUUGCUGCCAAAUAUGUAGAGUUUGGUGCCACAUCUUUUGAGAAAUACAAACUUGCUUAUGAAAUUAUGCAUGAGGGUGGGAGAAAACUUUGCCGGCAGAGUUAA